AUGGCACAGAAAGCUGUUCAGCUAGACAGAGAAGCUUUCUGCUGCUCCAUCUGUCUGGAUCUACUGAAGGAUCCGGUGACUAUUCCCUGCGGACACAGCUACUGCAAAAACUGCAUCAAAGUUUACUGGAAUGAAGAGUUUCAGAAGGGAAUCCACAGCUGCCCUCAGUGUAGGAAGACCUUCAGACAAAAGCCUGUCUUGACGAAAAACACCAUGUUGACCUUUUUAGUGGAGCAUCUGAAAAAGACCAAUGUCCAGGCUGUUCCUGCUGAUCCUGGACCUGAAGAUGUGGCCUGUGAUGUCUGCACAGGAAGAAAACUGAAAGCCAUUAAGACCUGUUUAGUUUGUUUGACUUCUUACUGCAAGAAGCACCUUCAGUCUCAUUUUGAUUCAGCUUUGUCUAAGAAACACAAGCUGGUGGAGCCAUUUAAGAAGAUCUGCUCUCAUCAUGAUGAAGCAAUGAAGAUGUGCUGUAACAAUCAGAAGUGCACCUAUCAUCUCUGCUUUGUGGAUGAACAUGCAGGCCAUGACGCCGUCUCAGCUGCAGCAGAAAUCACUGAGAGGCAGCUCACGGUGAGACGAGAAGAAAUCCAGCAAAGGAUCAAGGAACGAGAAAACGAUGCAAAGCUGCUUCAAGGCCAGGUGGAGGCCAUCAAUCGGUCCGGUGAAAAAGCUGUGGAGGAAAGUGAGAAUAUCUUCACUGAGUUGAUCCAUCUGGUCCAGAAAAGAAGCUCUGAUGUGAAGCAGCAGAUCUGUUCCCAGCAGGAAAGCGAAGUGAGUCGAGUCAAAGAGCUCCAGGAGAAGCUGGAGCAGGAGAUCACUGAGCUGAGAGGGAAAGACGCCGAGCUGGAGCAGCUCUUAAACACCGAGGACCACAACCAGCUUCUACAUAGCUACCCUUCACUGUCAGCUUCCACUGGACCGCCACACCUAUCAAACAUCAAAGUUCGUCCUCUCAGGUACUUCGAGGACGUCUCAGCAGCUGUGCUGGAGCUCAGAAAUAAACUGCAGAACAUUCUGGCAGACCACUGGACAAUCAUCUCACCGGCAGCCACUGAUUUGGAUGGUUUACCAUCCCAGCCUGACCCAAAAAGCAGAGCUGACUUUCUAAAAUAUUUCUGUAAAAUCACACUGGAUCCAAACACGGCACACCCACAGCUGUUGCUGUCGGAGGGGAACAGGAAGGUAAAUGUAGUGAAAAAGCACCAGUCUUACUCUGACCACCCAGACAGAUUUACAGGAUGGUGUCAGGUCCUGAGCAGGGAGCGUCUGACCAGUCGUUGUUACUGGGAGGUCGAGUGUAGAGGGAGAGAAGUUUCUGUAGCGGUGGCAUAUAAAAGUAUCAGCAGAGCAGGGAAAGGGAACGAAUGCGUGUUCGGACGCAACGACAAAUCUUGGACGUUAUUCUGUUCCCCAAACGGUUAUAAGUUUUGGCACAAUAACAUCAAAACGUGCAUCUCGGGUCCUCAGUCCUCCAGAGUAGGAGUGUAUCUGGAUCACAGAGCAGGUGUUCUGUGUUUCUACAGCCUCUCUGAAAGCAUGACCCUGCUCCACAGAGUCCAGACCACAUUCGCCCAGCCGCUCUGUGCCGGACUUUGGAUCGGAGGUUUGUUAGAUUUGUCAAGUGCCGAGUUCUGCACACUCAGAUAG